AUGCCUUCAGGCUUGGAGGAGGCGCUGGAACACACUGGUGGCCACGGCCGAACCGCUGAAGGUGUUUCAAUCUCGACUUUCCUGGCGUCGCUGGCGACGGCCAUCGUCGUCUUCGUCGUUGAAUUUCUCCUCUUUCUGUUACUAAAGGGUAAACUAAGUCGAAUAUAUCAACCGCGAACCUAUUUGGUACCAGAUAGAGAACGCACAACCCCAUCACCCCCAGGACUCUUCCGUUGGAUUGUCCCAGUAUUUCGUACCUCCAGCUCGGAAUUCAUUCAGAAAUGUGGGCUAGAUGCAUACUUUUUCCUGCGCUAUUUGCGCAUGCUUCUGAAGAUCUUCCUUCCUCUGGGCCUCGUGAUCUUACCGGUUCUACUCCCAAUCAACCGUGUUGGUGGCAAGGGUCAGACAUACCAAAAUGGUACCUCGGGCACUAAGUAUAGCGUCACUGGUCUGGAUCAGCUAGCCUGGGGCAACGUAACCCCCGAGCACACGAAUCGGUACUGGGCUCAUCUGAUAAUGGCCGUGAUUACCAUUGUCUACGUCUGUGCUGUAUUUUUUGAUGAACUUCGGAAUUACAUUCGCCUGCGACAAGCCUAUUUGACGUCUCCCCAGCAUCGACUCCGUGCUUCUGCUACCACCGUGCUCGUUACUUCUAUCCCGCCUGAUUGGCUCGACAUGGAUGCCCUUGAUAAGCUUUUCGAUGUCUUCCCUGGGGGCGUGCGAAACAUCUGGCUCAACCGCAACUUUGACGACUUGAACGAGAAAGUAAAGGCACGAAACGAGUUUGCUCUCAAGCUUGAGAGUGCCGAGACGGAUCUGAUUGCAAAAUGCAAAAAGGCACAGCUCAAAAAAGCCAAGGGGGAGGCAAAGAAAGCCGGCAAGAGUCAAUCAAGCGCAGAGAAAAAAGAGAAAAAGGUGGCCGACAAACGGGCCUCCCAAAUGGCCAUGGGUCCUGGUGUUAGCUCUGGUAAUCCUCAUCAGGCCCACACGGUACGAGAAAUGCUCUAUGGACAACCGGAAGGUCACCACGAGAAACGGUCGGAGGACGGACCUCGACGAGUGUUUGACCCUGCCUUUGCUGCCGCUGGGGCAGUUGGCCAAGGGGUGGGAAAACUAGGCAAGACAGUGCUUGGAGGCUUCAAGAAGGUUGAGCACGGCUUUGAGAAGCCCCUAGCUCGAACCGGGGGCUUCGUUGCCACUACAGACAACAUCGUCCCGCCUCGUGCUCGUUCAAAUACCCCCCCAGGCCCCGAUCAUUCUGCAACUUCAGACACCCUCCCGCCUCGUGCAAACACCCCUCCGGUCCCCGAUCCUGUUACCUCUGACACCCAGCCUGCUACAAAGCCCGAUAGACCCGUAGGGCUGCGGCGAAGUCAGCACUUGAGUUUCAAUUCAGGUCAGAUAAUCGGACAGGGUGCAGGUCAGGAUGACACUCUGUGUUCUGACGCAACGACUUCGCCGAAGCCACCAUUUUGGAGACGAAAGUCGUCUCAUACAAAAUCGCAGGGUGUGCGUGAGGCUGACGAAUAUCCACUGACUGCACCUGAAACGCCUGCAACAGAUUCACCCCGUUAUGACUUGAAGGAACCCAACAAAAACGAAAAACAAGAACAUGAUCGAAAGGAGGGGGACAAAAUAGAAGGGGAAGAAUACCCCAUCGCCUACAAUGAAAACUUCGAAAAUGAAGACUACGGAGAGCCGCUGUGGAAGGAAUACAUCCGGCCCAAAGACCGAGAUACCAUGCGUCUACCCAUAUUUGGUUGGAGUUGGAUGCCUUCGAUUUGGCUUUUAGGCCAAAAGGUCGAUACCAUCGAUUAUUGUCGCAAGGAGGUCGCUCGUCUGAACCUGGAGAUCGAAAUCGACCAACAGCACCCUGAAAAGUUCCCUUUGAUGAAUUCAGCCUUCGUCCAGUUCAAUCACCAAGUCGCCGCCCACAUGGCCUGCCAAGCUGUCAGUCACCACCUCCCCAAACAGAUGGCACCACGAGUCGUGGAAAUCUCUCCUGACGACGUCAUCUGGGAUAAUAUGUCGAUUAAAUGGUGGGAACGAUACCUGCGUUCCUUUGGCAUCAUCACACUAGUCUGUGCAAUGGUCGUUGGAUGGGCGUUCCCCGUCGCGUUCACUGGACUAUUGUCGCAAUUGGCAUAUCUGGAGGGUGCAUUCCCAUGGCUUGCCUGGCUUGGCAAGCUCCCAGACUGGUUCAUUUCAGCCAUUCAGGGUAUCCUUCCUGCACUGUGUUUAGCUAUACUGAUGGCACUACUCCCUCUCAUCCUUCGCUUCUUGAGCCGCACACAAGGCCUCUUCACUGGCAUGUCCAUCGAGCUCACUGUCCAGAACUAUUAUUUUGCCUUCCUCUUUGUACAGCUGUUCCUGGUCGUCACCAUCGCUUCCAGUUUCUCAACAAUCAUUGAGAACGUCGCUGACGUGACCAGUUGGCCGCAGAUGCUAGCAGUGAACAUCCCGAAGUCUAGUAACUACUUCUUCUCUUACAUGAUCCUACAAGCCAUGUCUGUGAGUGCUGGUGCUCUUGUGCAAAUCUUUGGCUUGGUGAGCUGGUUCAUUUUAGCUCCAAUUCUGGACUCUACUGCCCGGAAGAAGUGGGCACGAACAACAAACCUCAAUCAGAUGCAAUGGGGCACAUUCUUCCCUGUCUAUACCACCCUAGCUUCUAUUGGUUUGAUCUACUCUGUGAUCGCACCUCUGAUUUUGAUUUUCAACAUCAUCACCUUCGGCCUGUUCUGGUUCGUAUAUCGCUAUAACACACUCUACGUCACCAAGUUCCGCUUUGACACUGGUGGCCUUCUUUUCCCUCGAGCUAUCAAUCAGCUAUUCACUGGAAUUUACGUGAUGGAAGUCUGCCUGAUCGGCUUGUUCUUCUUGGUUCGGAACGCAGAUGACGAGGUCGCCUGCAAGGGACAGGCUAUCUGCAUGAUCGUUGUUCUAAUCCUGACGGCUGGUUACCAAAUUCUUCUCAACGAAGCGUUCAGUCCACUGAUCCGGUACCUGCCCAUCACUUUGGAAGAUGACGCUAUUCGACGUGAUGAUGAGUUCCGCCGUGCUCAGCACGCGCGCCUCGGCCUCGCUCUUGACGAUGACGAUGACGAGGAUGGUGAUAUUGAACACACCCUUGCUAAGCGUGAACACGAAGAGCGCCAACACGGAAAGGAGAUACGAGAAGACAUCGAACUGAAACCUCUAGAGACCAAUCUCCCAGACCAGAAGCGACAGAAUUCAGAUCUCCUGUCAACCCCCAAGCUUGGGAACAAACGUCCCUCAUGGGCCUCCAACUCAUCAAACCGGAAAUCCAAGUAUUUCGGUCAGAACUCAACACCCUCCACCCCGACACUACGGACCAUGCGGGAAAAGAUGGCCCAAGACACUGAGGCGCAGGGACCAGCCCCCAACACAGUUGGCCAAGCCCUCUUUGCUGGUAUUCACGAUGAAUUAGAGGAUCUUACCCCCGAUGAGCGUGACCAGCUGGUGCAGCGUGCCUUCCAGCACGAGGCCCUUCGCGCCAAGCGGCCUGUCAUCUGGAUUCCGCGUGAUGAUCUGGGUAUCAGUGAUGAUGAAGUGUACCGAACACAACGGUUUAGCAAACAUGUCUGGAUUAGCAAUGAGUACCAGGCGCUAGACGGCAAGUGUCGGACGAUCUUCAGUCGCAGUCCUCCAGAUUUCUCCGAGGUGGAUUUGAUUCAACUGUGA